AUGGUCACACUGCUCGACACGCUGCAGCAAGAGGUGGAACGGUUGCAGCAGCGAUUAAAGGCGCAGAGAGAGGCGUACGAAAAACAAUUUGAAGACCUGGAACAUGCGCACGAACAAGAGCUGCAGGACAUGGAAGCCAGGUACCGCCACCAGCUACAACGCCACAUCGACGCAUUCAAGGAAACAGUGCUCUUCCACCAGCAACACCACGGCGGGCACCUCCACAUGGAUGGCGACACAGCAGCAGCAACAACUACAACGACAACAACCGCCGACCUCAUGACCAGCCUGCUGCAGGAUGUGAUGGACACCACAGCGUCAAUGGACCCUGCCUCAUCCCCAAGAAGCAAAGCCAGCAACACCAGCAGGCUCUUGUCGUCCGCCGUCCGCACCGCAAAUGGCGACGAUGCCACACAUCAUGAUUUCGGGGACAAUGGCACCGAUCGACACAGCCUGCAGCGCGAGAUGGAUGCCAUGCAGGCACGCCACGCUGCAGACAUGGAACAGCUCGAGGCUGCCAUGGAGCGCCAGAAGCGGCAACACCAGCAGCUCCUCGCCGACGAGACUGCCCGCGCAGACACGCUGCAGGCCGAGGUGGACGCCCUCAACCAGCGCAUCGACCUCCUCGACUCCGCCCUCGCCGCAAAGCAGGACGUGCUCGACAGCGUGCGGGCCGGCUACGAGCGCGACGCGCACUUGCGUGAGCAGGCCAUGCAGCAGCUGGAGGCCCAGCUUCAAGACCUGGCCAGGGAGCAGAAGUCCUCCACCUCCACCCGCACCGCUGAGCUGCAGCGGGCCCUCGACGACAAGGCCGCCCUCCACGCAGACCUUGCCCGCGCAAAAACCCGCGUCGCCCAGCUCCAGCGCAUGCUCAAGCAGCUGCAGCUGCCACAUGCAUCCGACACCUUCGCAGCAACCGCAACCACGCCAGCUGCCACCCAACACUUGAACAACACCACCCUUGGGUUUGACGAGCAAGGGCGUUCCUCAACAAUGAUGCCAGUGCAGUCGACAGCAAACCUCUCCUCCUCCUCCUCGUUCAUGGCAGCGACGGCACGCCACGACAGCACACAGCAGCAAGCCCAGCACGAUCCGCUCUCCCAGACGCUGCCUGCGUCCCUGUCCAUGAAACCAGACGGCCCCGCAGCCGCAGCCUUUGCGCGGUCCACCGAGUACACCGUGCGCGCCCUGCUCCACAACCGCACGCAACUGCAGGAAGAGAUUGCGCGGCUGAAGCAGGAGCUCACGCAGGUCCGCGCCAGCAAGAUCAAGCUUGUCGAGGACUUGACCAAGGACAGGGAAGAGCUCAAGCAGCGGCAUGCGCAACACGUCACAGAAGUGCAGUCCGCCCUGGACUCCAACGCCACGCAGUUGACAGGUGCACACUCUACCCUUGCCGCCCUCGAGGAAGCCCUUGACCGCCAGUACAACGCGCUCAUGGCUGAGCAAGCGGCAGCGCGAGCAACAGCGACAAGAACAGCACCAACGCCGCCGUACAGCCAUCACUCUGGUGGCAACGCCAGUGCCACCAACUCCAACCCCAGCAUAGGGUCUUACUCAUCCGCUUCCGCCGCAAUGGCCGCAGCAGCAGCAGCAGCAGCAGAUGGCGUGCGCCCCUCCACAAUGGUGCUCUUGCAGUCACGCGCACUCCCUCCCGCGCAUGUGCUGGCCUCGGCCUACGCUUCCACGUCCACUUCCACCUCCACCACUGCCUCGUUGUCGUCGUCAGCGUCGGUGCCGCAGCAGCACCUCAUGGCCGUGCUCAACGCCUUUGGCAAGGUGCGCACGGCGCUCGACAACAUCUCCGUGGAGUUUGCGCAGCUGUCGCGCAAGCACGAGAUGGCCCAGCAGGAGCUGAUAGCGCUGCGCUCGCAGGUCGCCGCCUCCCAAACGCGCUGCCAUGACCUGAGCACGCAGGAGCAGGAAACCAAGGGCGCCAUGGACGCCCUGCGUGCACAGUGCGCAACGCUGCAGUCGCAAAAGGAGUCACUCGAACGGCACAACGCGGACAUGACGCGGCACCUGCAGGCUGCCCAGCGCCGGGCGGGAGAGCUCGAGGCGGAGGCUGAUCGCGCCGCCUCGGAGGCGCAGUCACGUCUGCAGCGCAGCGAGGACGACGCGAAGCAGCGCGUGGCCGGCGUACAGCAGCAGGUGAAGGCGUUUAAGGCCGAGCUGCAGUCUGCGCUGGGGGUGAAGACGGCGGUGGAGUCACAGCUGGGCGAGGCGCUCCGCGACAACAUGAAGCUGCGGGAGGAGACUGAGCGCCUGGCAAAGACGGCGACGGAGCAGGAAGCAACGGCCAGGCGCUUGCAGGAACGACACGACUUCUCGCUGGAGAGGGCAAAGAAGCUGGAGCAGGAACUUGCCUCCACCAAGACGGCCAAGGAGCAUGCCGAGCAGCAGCUGCACGCGCUGCAGGCAGAGGCAGAUGCGCUGCGAUCACGCGCACAGGAGACGGACAGGGCCGUGCAAACGGCGAACGCGGAGCAGGCCGCGUUGCAGCAGCAGGCGGCAAAGCUGCGAGGCAAAGUGGCGGUGCUGAAGCAGAAGAACGAGGCACUGAGCGACGCGGAGACGCAACUGCAGGCUGCACUGGUGGCACGGGAUGCCGCGCACAGCGAAAUCGCACAGCUGCGGCGGCAAAUUGCGGACACCCACGCGCGGAAGGAGCAAGCAGAGGAGGAGGCGCAGCGGACAGCACACGCCAACAGGGCGGUGGUGGACGACCUCACACGGCAGCUGCAGGUGGCGCGCACGCGAGCGAGAAACGCAGAGGAGGCGGUGUCAGCGCUGGCAGAGAAGGCGCAGCACUUUGAGACGCGGGCCGUACAUGCGGAGAGGGAUGCACGCGCAGCGCGCGACGAAUCGGAACACGCGUCCACCCAGCUGCACGAUCUGCAACAGCAGCUGUCGUCCAAGGAGCGGGAGGCGGCGAAGCUGAAACGCGAGUACGCAGAGCUGCAGUACCGAGUGGACAGACUGUAUGCCAGCAACCAGCAGCUGCUGCGCGAUCGCCGGACGCAGCACGCCAGGCUCCUGGACAAGAUGAAACGCCACUUUGCUUCGCAGAUGACGUCUCUGUCCACGCUGGGCAAGUAUGGCAGCGGCCGCGCGACGCCAGCGGGGACGCAAGUGACAGCACAACUGGACAAGUCAGCGGGCACUGCUGUGCCCUUGCACGCACACGCCAUGACGGAACGUGAAGCAACAGCAACCUCGACAACACCGGCGACAAAUACAGCAACGGCAAGGGGGCAAGCGGUGCAGUUUUCGGCAGAAGUGGCUGCUCCCCACGACCAUCAUCACGACAACCAGCAAGAGCUGCUGCAUCAACAACAACAACAACAACAACAACAACAACACCAACGCCAACACCAAGAACAAGAAGGACCGGAAGAGCAAGAGCAACAAGGAUGGCACGUGGGGCAACAAGAUGCUGGUGAUGGUACACACGAAGAGGUGGCAACCGCACGUGUGGACGUGAGCCAGGAUGAGGAGGACUCGGAUGAGAGUUUGCGCAGUGAUGCUGAUGAAGAUGUGCAGCACUUGCUCAUGGAAUGA